AAUUUACUUUCGGAUAAUUAAACAUCAUUAAUAAUAAAAUAAUAUUAAUAAAAACUAGAAAUCAUCCUUCGGAGAUUGCCUGUUCAUCUAAAAAAAUGCCGUGCUACACAGUAAAAGUAAAAUGGGGCAAAGAAAAUUUCCCAAACGUCGAACUAAACACUGACGAGGAACCGAUGCUUUUCAAGGCUCAACUGUACGCCUUGACUGGCGUACAACCCGAAAGGCAAAAAAUUCUGUGCAAAGGAAUUAGCCUGAAGGAUGACGAGUGGAACAUGUCAAUAAAACAAGGAAUUACUUUGCUCCUACUCGGUACGAAAGAGGAGGUACCCCAGGAACCUACUGAAAAACCAAAAUUUAUUGAAGACAUGAAUGAAAGUGAACUAGCUACUGCUUUAGAAUUACCCGCUGGAUUAACCAAUUUAGGUAAUACCUGUUAUAUGAAUGCGACCCUUCAAUGCUUGAAAUCUGUACGAGAGUUACGCGAAGCACUGAAAGGCUUCAAGGAGGCCUCCGGUGGAACCACGGGCUUGAGUGACAUUGCAUCACCUGGUGCAAUUACACUUUCCAUGCGAAAUCUGUUUGAGGACAUGGAAAGAAACGAUACGGUUACACCAGUAUUGUUUCUUCAGCGGAUGCAUAUUGCUUUCCCAAAUUUCGCUCAAACCGGAGAAAACGGAACGUACCGACAGCAGGAUGCCAAUGAGUGCUGGUCUGAGCUACUGAAAAUGCUUCAGCAGAAAUUGCCAAUUUCCAAAGGAAAUUGCGAUCAAGUUGUUAAGCAUAACUCCUUCAUUGAUCAGUGGUUUGGAGGUGCAUUUGACGUACAGAUGAAAUGUACUGAAGCAGAAGAUGAACCAAUCAGUAAAUCGAAAGAAACUUUUCUUCAAUUAAGCUGUUUCAUUUCCACCGAAGUUAAAUACAUGCAUUCAGGAAUCAGAUUGAGAUUAAAAGAACAGCUUACGAAGCGCUCGCCCACAUUAGAUAGGGAUGCAGUUUAUACCAAAACGUCACUUAUUAGCCGUUUGCCUGCAUAUCUGACCGUUCAGUUCGUCCGUUUCCAAUAUAAGGGUAAGGAAGGUAUCAACGCAAAGGUUCUUAAGGAUAUUAAGUUUCCUAUGGAGUUUGAUGCGUUCGAGCUGUGCACGCCAGAACUUCAAACGAAACUGUCUCCGGUGCGUGCCAAAUUCAAGGAAGUCGAAGACGCAGAACUAGAGCGCAAUCUCAAAGGAAAAAAUAAAACGAAGGCGGAAUUAGAAAAGGAGAAACCGAAAACAGUUCCACAGCCGUAUUGCUUCGAAGAUGAUCUUGGAAGCAACAACAGUGGAUACUACACACUACAGGCAGUGCUUACUCACCAGGGUCGGUCAAGCUCAUCUGGUCAUUAUGUGGCGUGGGUACGUCAAAAGGGAGAUCAGUGGAUAAAGUUUGACGAUGAUUACGUGUCACCCGUGGACACGGAAGCCAUCCUUAAGUUGUCCGGUGGAGGUGAUUGGCACUGUGCUUACGUAUUGGUCUACGGACCAAAACUGCUUGAGCUCCCGGUUGAUGAUGAUAACAAGACUGCAGCUUCUGACGUUGCCGGUGAGGAAGGAUCAACAGCAACGGCGGAUACGACAUCAAGUGAGAAAAUGGCCGUUGAUUGAAUGUCCUGCCCUACUCUGUUAGAGAAAAAAUUUUGCAUUCUUUUACAAGCUGAAUUUUGUUACUAAUGGAUCAUAGAUAGCAUUGAAAUACAUUUUUUAAUAAAUGAUCACAUUCUUAUGUCCG